AUAUACUCGAUAGCCCUUACAGAAUAUUUCCGAGAGUAGUCACAGUACUAGGUUUUCUUGGUAGAUUUUUUCCAAAGUUCCAUUUCCCAGGAUUUUUAAUCUUAUUUUUCUUUCGUUAUGGAGGUGAAAACAGUUGCUAAUGAACUGGAAAUCGAUAUGAUUCGUUCAGUCGUUGGAUCUGAGGUUUCAGAACCGCACAUCCUGAAAGUUCUUUCUAGCUGCAACAACAACGCCGAAGCAGCCGUGAACUACCUCCUCGACAACCCUCUGCCGUCGGACGUGAUAAAGACUGAAACUGCCACAGGCGCCCAGAUUUCCGGGCCGAUGAAGCUGGAAGAAAAAAACGAAGAGUUGAAAGGAUUAGACUGUUCUGAUAACAAGGAAGUGAAGAAAGAACCAGAUUUAGACGUCCAGAGCAUUCUCCCAGUGGUUGAGGUUUCGCCCGAGGAGAUGCACGAACAGAAGGGUGUGAAAAUUGAAAGUGAAGAACUGAGUAUAUCGGAAAUGGGAGCUGAUAGCAAGGCUAUGGUGGUGACAUCCAAGAAAGAAGAGGCGGAAGAGGUUCUCUAUGUAGAGCCAUUAUCAGUGAGGGCUCCUCCUUUAAAGCCUGCGUUUGAGAGAAUCCGGCCUAGGCCUCAGAAUGGGAAGGCGGAGAAGAAAGUGGAAAUGGCCCUUAGUACCGUUGUGAUUGAGGAUGGGGAUUUUCCUGACGAGGCUGAUUGGUUGUUGGUCGGAAGAAACAUUAUCACGGGGCUUUCUACUACGAGAGGAAGGAAAUUGGAGAAUAAUGAGAUUGUUCACUUCUCCUUUCCAGGACAUGAUUCAUUCAAGUAUGCGAAAGGCUCCACAUCCAUUGUCAGGUUCUCCACCAAACGUUUUGGAGAGAUUGGUCGACUUCCAAUGGAAUGGGCAAAAUGCUUAAUUCCACUAGUGAAUUCUACAAAGGUGAAGGUUCGUGGCAGAUGUGUAGCUGCUCCUGUUAAUCUUCAACUGAUGCAAGAGAUUGUGUUAUACGUUAGUUUCUACAUCAACAGAUCAGUGUUCACUGUCGGUGAUAAGUCCACUUGGAGGCUUGACUCUCCUUCAGAGAUUGACACCACAACAUAUCCACUUCUAACUCUGUUCAAGCUAUUAAAAAUCAAUCCUUUCCAGAAGGCUGAUUUUAAUCCGGAGGAUAUUGAUUCUCGCAAACGCUCCCUAAACGUAGAAAUGAUGCCUAUGACGAAAAGGAUAAGGGGUUGUACACAGACUCGUGAGAAUGGACAGAAUGAACAGUCUAUUCCAGAAUCUACUCUAAACAAACUUGUUGGUGCUGCUGAGAUGUAUGACCUAAAGGAGAUGGAACCACCUAAAACCCUUAUGUGUAGCUUGAGGCCCUAUCAGAAGCAGGCCCUUUACUGGAUGUCAGAAUUGGAGAAGGGUUCUGAUGCAGAACAAACAGCCAAAUCAUUGCAUCCUUGUUGGGCAGCAUACAGAAUUUGUGAUGAGAGAGGCCCUGCAAUCUAUGUGAACAUUUUCUCUGGUGAAGCAGCUACAGAAUUUCCUUCUGCAUCUGAAACAGCAAGAGGAGGAAUUUUAGCAGAUGCAAUGGGGCUUGGGAAAACUGUCAUGACAAUUGGGUUGAUACUUGCAAGACUGGGCAAGGGUAUCCCUAAUGAUCCGGAGCUUCUUGUUGAGGAUAUGGCUAUCACUGAAUAUUCACAGAGUAGGGAUGGCCAUGCCAAGAACAGAAGAGUUAAAGGUGGCACUCUCAUUGUUUGCCCUAUGGCAUUACUUGGUCAGUGGAAGGAUGAACUUGAAGCUCAUUCACAGCCAGAUAGCAUAUCUGUUUUUGUUCAUUAUGGUGGGGAUCGAAGCAGUGACCCUAGAACUAUAGCAGAACCAGAUGUGGUCUUAACAACCUAUGGAAUCCUAACUGCUGCAUAUAAAAGAGACAUGGAUAAUAGCAUAUUUCAUAAAGUUGAUUGGCACCGGGUUGUUCUCGAUGAAGCGCACACUAUUAAGUCUUGGAAAACUAUGGGAGCAAAGGCUGCAUUCACAUUGUCUGCGCAUUGCAGGUGGUGUCUUACUGGUACCCCUCUUCAGAAUAAUGUAGAAGACCUUUACAGUCUUCUGUGUUUCUUGCAUGUUGAGCCGUGGUGUAAUUGGGCAUGGUGGAAUAAAUUAAUACAUAAACCUUAUGAGAAUGGUGAUCAGAGAGCACUGAAACUGAUCAAGGCCAUUCUCAGGCCACUAAUGCUUAGGAGAACAAAAGAUACAAAGGACAAGGAAGGAAGGCCAAUUCUUGUUCUGCCUCCAACUGAUAUUCAAAUCAUUGAGUGUGAACAGUCAGUAGAAGAGCGUGAUUUCUACGACGCCCUCUUCAAGAAAUCUAAAGUCCAGUUUGACCAAUUUGUAGCACAAGGCAAGGUUCUUCACAACUUUGCAAACAUUCUUGAGUUGCUUCUUCGUUUGAGGCAGUGUUGCAACCACCCUUUUCUUGUAAUGAGUCGGGGUGACACAGACAAAUUUGCAGACCUGAACAAACUUGCACAAAGGUUCCUUGAACCAAGUCCUGAUUCUGCCUCCCAGAAGGUGCCUACUCGAGCUUACAUUGAAGAAGUUGUUGGUGAUAUCCGUAAUGGUGAAAACACAGAAUGCCCCAUUUGCCUUGAGUCUGCUGAUGACCCAGUCCUCACACCUUGUGCACAUAGAAUGUGCAGAGAAUGUCUGUUAUCAAGCUGGCGAACCACAGCUGCUGGGUUGUGUCCAAUCUGUCGCAGGGUGCUGAAUAAAAAUGAACUCAUCACCUGUCCCUCUGCAAGCAAGUUCAGAGUGGAUGUUGAGAAGAACUGGAAGGAGUCUUCAAAGGUGAAAAAGCUAUUGGAAUGCUUACAUUGUUUACGCCGGUCAGGUUCUGGUGAAAAAAGCAUUGUCUUUAGCCAAUGGACAGCAUUUCUCGAUCUUCUGGAGAUCCCUCUCAAAAGAAGCGGGAUUGGGUUUCUAAGAUUUGAUGGGAGAUUGUCACAGAAACAAAGAGAAAAGGUCUUGAAAGAGUUCAGUGAGACUCAGGAGAAAAUGGUUUUGCUUAUGUCUCUGAAAGCUGGAGGAGUGGGGUUGAACUUGACAGCAGCUUCUAAUGUCUUUCUUGUGGAUCCAUGGUGGAAUCCCGCAGUUGAAGAACAGGCAAUCAUGAGAAUCCAUCGGAUUGGCCAGAAGCGUACAGUUUGUGUUCGGAGGUUCAUUGUCAAGGACACGGUGGAAGAAAGGAUGCAGCAAGUACAAGCUAGAAAGCAAAGGAUGAUCGCCGGAGCACUGACCGAUGAAGAAGUCCGGUCGGCGAGACUCGAAGAGCUGAAGAUGCUUUUCCGAUGAUUUUCGUUUCCAAUUUCCAAUUAUUAUCAAGCAUUGUAUAUAUAGGAACAAUAUUCCACCCAAUUUUUGCAAAGAUAAAUAGCGUAGUGGGGGAAAUUAGGCAAUUAGCUUUGAUUUUCAACAAUUAGCUCUUAGUCUCGUACUUAGCUUGGAUCUUUUGGCCCAGGAAUUUUGUUUUUAAAUUUAAUGUUAUUACAGUUAUUAAUGUGUUCUUACUUUCUAAGGCUCUAUUCAGGCACUGUUUGGGUAUAUGAUGAAAUCUCUUGAAACGUUUGCAAGA